GCCCCGCCCCCCGCGCUGGCCCCGCCCCCCUGAGUCACUUCCCUUCGCGCGCGCGCGCGGCCUGGACCCAGGAGCGAGGCCAUGCAGAGCUACCGGGGCCUCACGGACAAGGAGCUGCUGGAGAAGCUCAAGAGCUGCCGCAUCCCGCACGGCCCCGUCGUCGGCUCCACGCGGAAGCUGUAUGAGAAGAAAGUCUACGAGUACGAGACCCAGCGGAGCCGCGUGGGGGGCAGCGACCCCGGCCCCUCGGAGACCUUCAUGCAGGAGUCGUACCAGGGCCCGCAGGCGGAUCUCAGCCCCUCGUGGUCCUACCUGAGAGAGCCGCGGUGGGAGCACCGCUUCCGGGACGAUCCCAGCCCCACGCGGACCCACACGCGGGAGUUCUACGAUUUCCCCGAGCAAGAGGACGAGAGCGGCUACGACGCCGCUGCCGACGACCUGCCCCCCAGCAGUACGAGGGCCCGGCCCGCGCCCGCCAGCCCAUCGGGGAGCGUUUCUGGGCCCCCCCCAGCCUGACGGAGCCGGAGGAGAGGCCCCGCCGGCCCUGGGGGGGCUCCGCGGGGGCCCCCCUGCGCCUGGAGCCGCGGCAGGCCAUCCGGCCCCCCCGGGCGCCCGCCGCCCCCCCGGCCGGGGGCCGCCUCCUGCCCCUGGGGCCGCAGCUGGUCGCCCUCGGGGCCCUCGUCGCCUUCCUGCUCUACGUCUACUUCGGGCUCCGGGGGGGGCGGCCCCCCGCCCCCCGGCAGCCGGGGCUGAGCCCCCCCCCCGGAUCCCCUCGGCGUCACCCCGGGACCCCCCCACGGCACCCCCGGGGGGUCCCCGCCCUCCGCCGGCAGCCUCGGUGCUCCCGGGGACCCCCGGAUCCCCUGGCCCCUCCCCGGGACCUCCCUGGGAUCCCCAGAUCCCCCAGGGAUCCCGCUGUCCCCCCAGGGACCUCCCUGGGCCCCCAGAUCCCCCAGGGAUCCCCCUGCCUCCCCAGGACCCCCAGGGACCUCCCUGGGCCCCCAGAUUCCCCAGGGAUCCCCUGACUCCCCAGGGACCCCCAGGGACCUCCCUGGGCCCCCAGAUCCCCCAGGGAACCGCUGUCCCUGCAGGGACCCCCAGGGACCUCCCUGGGCCCCCAGAUUCCCCAGGGAUCCCCCGACUCCCCGGGACCCCCAGGGACCUCCCUGGGCCCCCAGAUCCCCCAGGGAACCCACUGCCCCUGCAGGGACCUCCCUGGGCCCCCAGAUCCCCCAGGGAUCCCCCUGCCUCCCCAGGGACCCCCAGGGACCUCCCUGGCCCCUCAGAUCCCCCAGGGAUCCCCCUGCCUCCCCGGGACCCCCAGGGACCUCCCUGGGCCCCCAGAUCCCCCAGGGAACCCGCUGCUCCCCCAGGGACCCCCAGGGACCUCCCUGGGCCCCCAGAUCCCCCAGGGAACCCGCUGCCCCCCCAGGGACCUCCCUGGGCCCCCAGAUCCCCAGGGAACCCGCUGCCCCCCCCAGGGACCGCCAGGGACCUCCCUGGGCCCCCAGAUCACCCAGGGAUCCCCCUGACUCCCCCGGGACCCCCAGGGACCUUGCUGGGCCCCCAGAUCCCCCAGGGAUCCUGCUGCCCCCCCAGGGACCCCCAGGGACCUCCCUGGGAUCCCCAGAUCCCCCAGGGAACCCGCUGCCCCCCCAGGGACCUCCCUGGGCCCCCAGAUCCCCCAGGAAUCCUGCUGUCCCCGCAGGGACCCCCAGGGACCUCCCUGGGCCCCCAGAUCCCCCCCGGGUCCCCACAUACCUCUCGCCCCCCCACUCCCCGGGCCCCCCCAGGUCCUCCCCACCUCUGGCCCCUCUGCAGCCCCAUAGCGGGACCCCCCCACCCCUGUGCCAACACUAGGUGCCCCCCUGCUAUGGGGCUGCCCCCCACCUCGGCGUCCCAGCCCCCCAGACGGCAGCUCCAGCCCCCCCCCACUGCACAGCGCCCCGGGGGGGCUGCUCCCCCCCCCCCCCCGGGCGGGGCCCCGGGACCCCAAUAAAGGCGGAGCGUUUGUA